CACACGCUGACUGACUGGUGUAUUCAUGCUGUAACACCUGUAUAAGUAGUUGGCCCCACGUAUCUUUGUCUUGCCUUGUCUCUCCCCGUCGCCUACCCGCAUCCACAUCCACAUCCACGUCCAACAUCACAUCCCACAUAACUCCCUCUGUAUUUCUUCAACCUCACUCUGCUUUCAUUCACACCACCACUUCCCACAUUCCUGCCCGCCCCGAGAUUGGAUACCUGUAAUAUCAAUCUAUUACCCCGUCGGCCAGUUCAUCUACCAGAACAGCCUCUAUCACUCACCAACACAACCUCACCAACCGCCACCAUGCGUUCCACACUCAUGCUCGCUGUCGCAUCCGCCCUUGUGGCCACCACCGUUGCCUCCGACGCCCCCAAGGUAACCGGCAACCCAACCGACGUGACCUACAAAGCCCAGAUCGCCGAUGACAACAAGAACGGCGUCUCAGGCUUCGUCGAGAUCGCUGCUGGCCCCCAGGGCAACGGCGCAGACAUCAAGUACCAAUUCAACCUCCCAGCGGAGGGCGGACCUUUCACCUUCCACAUCCACGAAAACCCCGUCAACGCAACCGGCCUCUGCGCCUCCACCGGCGCGCACCUCGACCCCUACAACGCGGGCGAGAAGCCCGCCUGCGACACCACCAACCUCGCCGCCUGCCAAGUCGGCGACCUCUCCGGCAAGAUCGGGGACAAGCUGCCCAGCGGCGGCAACACGGGAGAACUCGAUGACGCCUUCACCAGUCUCGUUGUCGGCGCCCCGGCGUUUAUUGGGAAUAGAAGUAUUGUUGUGCAUGCUUCUGAUAAGACGAGGAUUGCGUGCGCGAACUUUGAGUUGGUGAACUCGAACGGCGGAGGCGCUGGAUCUGGGGGUGGGAGUGCGAGCCCUACUGGUGGUGCUGGGGGUGGUGGGUCGGCUACGAAUGGAACUGCUACGCGCCCGAGUGUUACGCCGACGGCUACGCAUACUGGUGCUGCUGCCGUGGUGUCGGGUAGUGUCUUGGGAUUCUUGGGGGUUUUGGCUGUGGGGGCUGCGCUUUUGUAAGGGGGUGAUUGACGGUAAUUGGCUGACUGGCUUUGUAUCAUUUUAUAGAGGCAGGAAGGGGUGAAGGGGGG